AGUCAAGAGAUUGGGAUGUGUACUGAAUGCAGCAAGUGGCUCACAGGCCCAACACAACCAGCAGCCAUGACAAAGUAUUUACUGCUACUGUAUGCAGUCAUCCUGGGUAGCGCUAGCCAACCAGACCCUUCCACAACUAUUGCAGGUAAAGUUAGCCAACCAGACUCUUCCACAACUGGAGCAGCUGCCAUUAGCCAACCAGACUCUUCCACAACAGGUGUCACAGGCCAAAUAUACAAGCACCCAACAACAACAGCAAUCAUGGAUAAUCAUUCUAGUUCAAAUAGAGCUUUCCAUACAACAGUCAAGUUACCAAGUGGCAUAACCUCAGCAAUCACUGAUAGUGUCACUACUGAAAGAGCAACUCUACAAUUAACGAGCAAGUUAAAACCUAUCAUAUCCACAGCAAUCCCUGAUAUUGUCACUACUGAAAGAGCAACUCUACAAUUAACAAGCAAGUUAAAACCUAUCAUAUCCACAGCAAUCCCUGAUAUUGUCACUACUGAAAAAGCAACUCUACAAUUAACGAGCAAGUUAAAACCUAUCAUAUCCACAGCAAUCCCUGAUAUUGUCACUACUGAAAGAGCAACUCUACAAUCAACAAGCAAGUUAAAACCUAUCAUAUCCACAGCAAUCCCUGAUAUUGUCACUACUGAAAGAGCAACUCUACAAUCAACAAGCAAGUUAAAACCUAUCAUAUCUACAGCAAUCCCUGAUAUUGUCACUACUGAAAGAGCAACUCUACAAUCAACGAGCAAGUUAAAACCUAUCAUAUCCACAGCAACUACUUCAGAUCGAACUCUCCAUGCAACAGUCAAGAUCCAAGAAAGCAUAAACUCUGCAACCAUGGAUCAUAAUCAAGAUUUAAAUUUAACAAACAAGUUACAAAGUAACAAAUCCACAGCUUUUAUCUCCAACCCAAAAAUAAAAUAUCUCGACAUUUCAAACAAUCAAGUCCAACUAAGCUGUUUCUCAGAGUCUGGUUCUCUGCCCAUCGUGUAUUCCAUCUAUAACAAGAAGGAACUAUUGCAGGAGGAAAAAAGCUACUUAAGGCAGCCUACAAACUUCACCAUUACACUGACUCCUGGAGUUCAAGUUGAGCUCAUGUGCCAGGCAAAGAAUUCCGAUGGUGUAAAGAAGACUUAUUUAAGCCCAAUUCGUUCAAAUAAGGAGGCAGAAAUUGACACAUCUAAGAACGAGGACAAGGUGGAAGAUGAUUCAAGCCCCAAUUACAUCAUCGCCUUAGACCGCAUUCUGACCUCUGUGGAUCCCAUUUCCCAACAAAAAAACAUUUUUGUUUUGAUAUUCAGUUUAUCUUUUAUCUUCUGCAUGCUGAUUGUGCUCGGUACUAUCAACUAUUUCCGUAAAAGGUGUGCCAGAAUGACCAAAAAGAGCAGCCUAAUUCAUUAACUAGAUUAAUGGCAAUUUAAAGACACCCUGAUUUUCCAUUUGUGUGCACUGGAAUCAUUCAGAACAACUCCUUACAGAUGGGACAAUGUACAUAGUGAUUUAAGGUGGAGGAAUAACACCUUUGUGGAUGAUUUGCUGAUGUUGGACAUUUUAAGAGGAAAAUCUAGAUUUCCAUUUUUUUUCUUUUCUCUUCUAAAUUGUUUUCCCUUUUCUUCCAUGAUAAGUUAAGAUUAAAUACUGGUAGUAAUUA